AUGAAUAAUAUUCAUCCUAUCUACAAUAUAAAAACCUUGAUGAUAAAACGCGAAUUAAUGAAGAACGAGAAGUUGAAGGAUGAGAAUUGGGAACGAUUUCUGCCGAAUUUCAAAAAGAAGAUACAAUCGUCAUCUUCGACAAAUGAAGCUAAAAAGAAGAAGAAAAAGGCAUGGAAGAAGAAGGGUGAAUACACUCCAUUCCCUCCUGCGCCAACUCUUAGCAAGAUUGACAAGCAGUUGGAGAGUGGAGAAUAUUUCAUGACGGAAAAAGAGCGAUUGUUGAACAAGAAGAGGUCACCGCGAGAGAAGGAGACACCGAAGCGACAGGCCGAAACCUUGGAUGUGGAGAAGUUUAAAAAGAAGAUCAAGAAAAUUAAGACGUGA